AUGACACGUCAGUCAUCACGAGCAAGAUUUCCUCAGCCAGUGGCAUCUUUGAGCACGACAAGAACAUGUUCAUGGCACAAGCAUUUUCAAAACAGGGUCAAGCUGGUUGUCAAGGUGAUUGUGCACAUUGAUUUAAGUCAAAGUCUUAAUUUUCAGCAAAAGUUUUUAACAGUGAAGGAAGAAAUAUUAAAGAAGCUUGCUUGGACGAGGCUGGCGUGCGCGCUCGCCGCCCUGCUGGUGGUGCUGCAGGCGCCGCGGGGCAGCGCGCUGCGCAGCGUGCGCGAGAAGCAGGUCAAGCUGGAGGACAUCGAGCGCGACAACCUGCAGUCCGAGCUGCUGAAGCAGCGGCCGUUGGAACGCCCCGAGGGCCACCCGGCCUACCACCAGCACCAGCAGCAACACCAGCAGCAACACCAGCACCAGCAGGAGGAGCGAGAGCCCGAGCAGGCGUACCACCCCCAGCACUACCACCACCAGCAGCAGCACCACUACCGGUUCGAGCAGCCCGCCGCGCCGCAGCAGCACCACCACCUGCAGCAGCAGCAGCAGCACCUGCUGUACCAGGCCGCCGCGUCCGCCGCGCCCGCCGCGCCCAUCGUGCCCACCCACGUCAUGUACCUGCUCAUGCCCAACGGCAACGUCGCCGCCUUCCAGAUCGCCCCGCACCCCAACCACAUCCAGGCCUACUACACGCCCUCCGGCAAGCCGCACUUGCAGCACCAGAUGUCGCUGGGCACGCUGUUCCACCAGCACGCCCCGAUCCCCAUGGCCUACCUGCAGCCCCAGCUGCCGUCCCACCAGCUGCAGUCCCACCAACUGCAGCCGCAGCUGCAGCAGCAAGUGCACCAGCAGGUCCAGUACGUCCCCGCGGCGCUGCCGGCGGCCUCGGCACAGAGCGGCCAGCGCUACCACCCCACCGUGCACCACCAGCCCACCCUGUCCUUCAACUCGCCCCAGGCCCACCAGCUCCACGCGCAGCACUUCAGGGAGCUGUCCGGCGAGCCCUCCGCGUCCCACGGCGCCGGCCCCGAGGUCUCGACGUACAGCCAGCCCGCCGAGCAGCCGCAGCAGCCCCAGCAGCCCAUCCAGCAGAGCCACAAGAGCCUCUUCGGCGCCGGCGUCAAGGCAACCGCGUCGCCGCCCCUCAAGGGCUCCUUCUCCACGCAGACCGGCCAGAGCUACGCCAACUUCAGGCAGUACGGCUAGGAGGCCGGGUCCGCCGCCGUGGCGCCACCAGCGCGCCGCGGACCCCACCAACUACCGCGUUAUUCGGGAACGGUGCCGGUCACGAAAAAAUAAUGUUGUUUGGAUUAUUUUUUGAGUGACCGGUGGCCAUCUUCGAGGGGCUCGCAGGAUCCAGCACCAGGAUGUUUCAUUCCCGAUCUCAAGAGUGCUCUGGCUCUGGCGUGUGUUCUUUGAUUUGAUCAAGACUUUUUAUUUAACUUUUUCGUGGGGCUGAGUACGAGGGAUGCUGGCAACAUCAAGCCGCACCCCUGUCGCCUUUGACUGUGUUAUACUGUAGUUUUGUUGUUAUUAGUCAUUGUUAAUUGUUUUUGUCAAUUUGUACAUUGUUGUUUUAGUUGA